CGGGGGAUCUGCCCGGCGGCGAGUUUGCCCCGCAGCCGAAAGAAGGCGGGAGCCGGCGGGGGCCCUCGAAACCUCCUGGCAGCCCGGACCCGGAGUCCCCGGGGAGCGGCUGCUUCCUGGGACGGCCUCCCGGACGCCCCCGCCGAAGGGUAACGGUUCUGGGCCCCCGGCAGAAGGCGCCUCCGGGUGACCCCCGGCGGGGCCCUGCGAGCCGCAAGAGCCGACCCCGGGGCCUCGAGCGGGGAGGAAGGGGCUUUCCGGAGACGCGGGGCCCGGGGCCGAAGGAGCCGGAGCGCGGCGCAGCGGAGCCGGGCCUCCCGGGCGCGGGGCAGGGCAGCGCCUCGGCCGGAGACGGACUCGGGGACCCUCGGGUGCGGGGGCCUCAGCGACUGCCCCCAGGGCAGCGCGGCCGCGGAGUGGCCUACAGGGAACCCUCCCGCAGAGGGGCCGGCCCGGGGCGGGGAGAUGAACGGCUUUAGCACGGAGGAGGACAGCCGCGAAGGGCCCCCCGCCGCCCCCGCCGCCGCCCCGGGCUACGGCCAGAGCUGCUGCCUCAUCGAGGACGGCGAGCGCUGCGUCCGGCCCGCGGGCAACGCCUCCUUCAGCAAGAGAGUCCAGAAGAGCAUCUCUCAGAAGAAACUCAAGCUGGACAUCGACAAGAGCGUAAGGCACCUGUAUAUCUGCGAUUUCCACAAAAAUUUCAUCCAGAGUGUACGAAAUAAAAGGAAGAGGAAGACAAGUGACGAUGGUGGAGACUCUCCUGAGCAUGACACUGACAUUCCUGAGGUUGAUCUGUUCCAGCUCCAGGUGAACACUCUACGACGUUAUAAACGACACUACAAGUUGCAGACCAGACCAGGCUUCAAUAAGGCCCAGUUAGCAGAAACUGUCAGCCGACACUUCAGGAACAUACCUGUGAAUGAAAAAGAGACCCUGGCCUACUUCAUCUACAUGGUGAAGAGUAACAAGAGUAGACUGGACCAGAAAGCGGAGGGCGGCAAGCAGCUGGAGUGAGGAGGAAGCACGUCUUCCAGGAAUGAAGUGUGAUGCUUAGUGCACAGGUGAUAUCUGCUACGUUUAAGCCCAUAAAGACUGUUAAAUUUUAUUGUAAAUAAAAAAGUUUGAAUGAUGAAUACUGUAAAUCUUUUUGGUCAGGAGGAUUAUAUUCUCAUGAUUCAGCAUGUGUAUACAAAGACUUUCCUUUAAGGCCACUACUGAACUUAAAAAACGAGAUCAUAAAGAAAAUGAAAGAAAAAUUAUGUGUUGCAGCAUUCGACAAAGCAGUAAGUCAAUUCUACUGGAAAUGUGGCAUAAAAAAUAUUUUGGUAGUCACCUUGGCAUACCAUGCUGCCACACAGGGGAUGUAGGCCUGGCCUAGCAGCAAAGUCCAGUUGACAGUGGAGAUGCAUGAGCAGACCCUAGUCUGCUGGGGGCGUAGACACCCGCUUUGCUGCAAGCUUUGUCGUCUAUCAGCAAAUCAGUUUGACGCUGCUCUCCCUCUCUGGCUAUGUGCCUUGCACACAGGAGGCACCCAAUCCGUGUUUGUUGGCUAAUUGAGCUGUCACUAACAAUGCCAGCCUUGUAACAUCUGCUUCACACCUCUAGUUAAUGAGACCUCUGCCAUUUCCAUUGCUCACCACUUAACUUCUAGAGUGUGGAGGAAGUCCUGAUGCACCAACAGGAGGUUUCAAAUCAAAGGAGGACUUCAGGCAGUCGCAUGUGCCAAGCUGUAUUUGUGCAGGUUCCAGAAACGCCGAUGCAGAGGCCCCCAGGAGAGAUGCAGCGCUUUGCACACCCCUCUGCGCUCCACUCUUUGGGGUGAAGUUAUGUAUUAUGACUUCAGCCAUUCUCCUGGGCCAUAAAUGCUUUGACAAACAGAGAUACUUAGUGGUUUGGGGCUCAUGUUCUCAGAAGCACUAAUCCUUAGUUCACAACCACCAAGAAGGCUGCCAAGGACCAUGCGAUUCCAGCUCAGAAGUCCAGCUCUGGGGUAGAAACUCUGUCUGGCCUUGACUCCCUGGGCCCUCAGGGGUCAGCAGCAAAUCAUGGGUUUGAGCCACAAAGGUCAGUGCCAUCUGAUGUUCAUUUUUGUGAGCAAUUUGCCUCCCUUUUAGGGGGAAAGAUUACUAAAAUGAUUUUUUUUAAGUAUUAAUACUUACCUGAUUUUUUUAUGUUCAAAAACUCAGAUUCCUCUUUCUAUAUCAGAGCCAAAGUAUCGUUGGAAAACAAAGCUUUAUAUCCAAAAGUAUGCUUUUGCAAAAUUUUCUAAUCAGUGUCUUGGGGGACAGAGGGUGUGAAUAGGGGGUGGGAGAAAAAGGGAAGUAAAGGACUUGGAUUCUAAUUUCUGACCAUCUUGACAUAUCCUGUGGUCAAAAGUAUCAUUUUCUUACUCAGUUUAAAUUCUGAGUUCUUUCUUAAGCCUUAAAUAAUAAAAGGAGCAGUAGACAGCCUGGCCUGGCAGGGAGUUUUAAUGUCUCAUAGAUGGCGUAAUCUGAGCAUCAGCACAGAGAAGUCAGAACAAAAGUCCCCGCUGAGCAGGGCGGUGGAGUGUCCGACGGUCUCAGCUCUGUGGAGCAGAGUCCCAUGGUCUCUGGGGACGGGGCCGCCACUCUCACUAAAGCACAGUGUGUUCCAUCGCUGCAGAGCUUUCCCCAGUGUUCAAAAUGCAUGUCUAGCAGAUUGCAGCCUUUUUAAAUAUAUAUAAAUGGACGUACAUAGAACAUACUCUAGACUAUGCGGGGAUCUUAUUUUUAUACACCUGGCUGUGAAUGGCAUGGUCCUUAGUCAUUCAGACUCAGUAUGUAUUUAGAGAUUGUCUCACUACUAGCUGAAGAAUGUUGAUGUGUAGACAUCAAGAAGGCUCAAAAGUAUGUGGCUUAUCUAGGUUUUUUUCCUGAGAGACUGAGUUAGAAAGGCUUUGAAGGCAUCAAACACCAAGCCUCCUUUGUCAGGAGAAGAGUUGUCUCAUUGGGCUGGAGUUUAGGGGCAAAUGGGGCCUGUAGGUUAAGGCAUUGAUAACCUGCUCUCUGGAAAUGUCCGUAUCUUAUUGAGAAAAAGUGUAUCUUUCUGUGUUUAAACCAAAAUUGUGGAUGUUUAGGUCAUGUCACUGUGUCUUUAACAGCUAAUGUGUUUUCCCAGUUGAGAGAGAGAGAGUAUAUUUCUGUACAAGAAGAUGUGGUGUUAGGAUCCAUCUGUUCAAGUGUGUGCAUAAGUGCUUUUAUUCCAAAGCGAAGCCUGGGCAGACUUUCCACCUUCAGCCAGAUGCUGUGCGCACUUGAUUCCCAGGCCGUCUUUCCUCUAAAGAGAGGUACUUUGGGAAAGUGGAGGUUGUGGGUGUCUUUUCAACCUUUGAAAACAUGUCAGGUGAGAGAAAAGACAAAGCUCUCUGAACUUAAUCUUUCUCAUGUGCAGAAAUCUGCUCUUUCAUCAAACCGCUAAACCACUUGCCUUAGCCUCUUCUGCAGUUUCCCAUGGCUUGACCUGUGGGCAGGGGACUUCUGCCCGUUAGAAAUGGCCGGGCCCUCCAAAGCAACUGGCUCUGGCAUCAGGGAGCAGUGGGGUCUGGGGAAAGCAGUGUUCAUCGUGGCUGCCUGCAUUUUAUACCACCUGUCAAAGACUCUUGCGCUUCUCUCCACCUGUAACGUUGCAACAUUGCCUUCUCUCCUCUUGGUGCUCCUGGGCAAAACUGGAAUUUGAAAUCCAGAACUGGCAUUGUCUUCUUAGAGUAUGGUUCCUGCCUCCGUCCCGGCCUGGUAUCGUUCUUUCAUAUGCCCUGAAGGUUGUCACAUGGAAACGUUAAUAUCCUGCUAUUCAUGUUCAUUUUAAGGUUUUUCAAAAACAAGCAGACAAACUUUAUUUCAACAAACAAACUCUUAGGUUGGCAAUAGCAUCUGAAAGAGAUCAUAGCUAAAUCCCGUGAAAGAUUGAAACCAAAGGAUUCAAGAUCGGUGUUGUAAAAUGAAGAGGAAUUUCACUUAUGUAUUACAGCCGCCAAGUUGUUAGAUGUUCCUGUCAUAGCUCAAUGUUCACUGCUAGCCUUCCAGAGAACAGAUAGUAAUAAUUGUUUGCAGCUGCAAUGUUGCGUCUAACCUUGGCACUUCAGCUAUUUAUUUUGUGGGAACUUUUAUGUUAAUAUCCUGAAGGACAACUGCCUGGUUGGAGAAGGGAGAAAGUAGGAGAGGGAACUUACUCUGGGGGCCAGAGUUGUUUGCUUCCUGGAAAUCGUCUGAAGGCUCUCAGUCAUUGCAGUGACAAGAUCCAAAAGUUAGGAAAGGGCCUUUAAGUCCUGCAGUCCAGUCUCCCCAUAGGUGCUGACAUUCUGCCUACAACCGUCCCACCAAGGCAUUGAGCAGGCUGGGCUUAAACACCUCUGAGGACAGAGAACUCACUACCUCCUGGAGAAGCCUGUUCUAGCUUUGUAAACCUCUGGCUUUUCUAUGUUCUCUAUAAUUUCCAUCUUAGUCUCUGCCCAGUGGGGCUCAUGUGGAACAAGUUGUUCAUCUUGGCCAAGGACCUGGCGCUAUCCCAGGGCGUAAGCAUUUGUCUUUUGGAAAGGAGCAGAUAGCAAAUAGAUAGUUUGGUGUCAUGACUGUCCUCCCCUUGAGUAUUGGUCCAUUUAGGUCCUUGCUGGAUAAUGUUGAGGGAACCCCAUCAGCCGGGUCAUACUCACUUGUUCUCGCUGAAGCUGAUGGCAUUGGGGAGGAGGGCAUGCUGUUGGCCUGCUGAAAAAUACCCUAAGACAGAUGAGGCCUUAGUUCUGUGCUUGCCUCACAAAAACUGAUGCUCACAUCACUUAGGAAAAGUUUUAGCCAGAAGAUUUAAAAUGUUAUAAUUUCUCUGUGUGGAGUUUAAAGGUUCCAUGGCUGCCAAGGGUUUGCACCUUAAGAUUCCUGCACACAUUGUUUUUAUUGAGAAAACAAAGCUUAGGAAUUUGGGGGUGGGGGGACCACAUGUCUCAGUGUCAGACGAGUGCCAUAUUUUCAACCUGGAAAGUCCUUUAAGGUUGCUAUUGCCCGAUCAUUCAUUUUUAGAGAUGGGGAAACUAAAGUUUGAAGACUUGCCUGAGUCACACGGCAUUAUCUGGAGACUAACCUCUCAUCCUCCUGGCCUGUCCAGUGCUCUCCUACUCUCUGACUUGCAGCGUGACUAGUCCAGUCUAAAGUAAGCUGCCCUCAGAUUCUUGAGACCCUGCAACUGAGCGGAGGUUUCCAAGGCCAGCCCGGCUCUCAGGGACUGCAGACCAACCUGCAGAACUCGAGGUUGUGUGAAACGAUUCCAAAAGCAGUCAGUCGAGUUUUGCAAAACAAAUGGGAGGCGAGAACAGAACUAGCCUGUAAAUUAAGACCAAGAUUCAAAAGUCCUGGCAGGAGAUGUAGUCUUGUCCUAGAAUCUAAAUUCUCACGAAAUGGGCUUGCUCUGUCAUCUGUUGGUCAGACGUCUGCCUUUCAGGUGGUCCUUUGAGGCUGGGUAGUUCACUUGGCCCUAACUUGGACAGACGCAGCUCUGUGGCCUUGCAGUUUGCAGCCUCCCGGUCCCUGCUACUGAGCUAGGCAGCUGGACUGAAGGACGGGUGAGCUCAAGAUCAUGCCCUGGGCAGCAUGGUGCUUUAGGGGUGCCUUUUCAUUCCUUUCAUUUUAUUACAGACUGUUUGCAAGUGCAUGGAUCGGAAGGGUAAAGUUGAUCUGAUGCUUUCAGGUGGAAUCCAGCCCAGGACAAGGUGGGACCUUUUCUUAAGGUAGAAAUGUCUACAAUCAGUUAUUUCAUCUAGCUUGCAUCUGAAAACACAAACCCUUCGGUUGCUUUCACUUCAUGAACACAUCUUUGCCAGUGACCGAGGGCUGUACAGGAUCCCUGUUUCACACGUCUGUCAUCCACUAAGCCCAUCAAAGUGUUUUGGGGUGUGGGUUUGGUUUUUUUUCCAUUUUGUAACUGCCUUAUUGAAAAGCAAGUGCCCUUCCAUUCCAGGCCUCCUCAUAUUGUACUUGUUUCCUGCCAAAUUUGGGGGGAUCAUUUGUAUUUUAAUUUUGUAAUCUAUGGCUCUGUACUGUUGAAAGGCUCUCGAUUCUGUGGGGUCUCCUUGGUAUGUAUGUGACUUUUCAUGUUGCAAUAUCACACAGAUGGGACGGCCCGACUUUCGCUCUUAAUAAACGAUCUGAAUGAGUAAUGAGAGA